CGCAAUAUCUCAGCGAAGCUCUUCAUACUGGCAGUGUGGUGAAUACAGAGGUGAAAAACUAAAAGGCUCACGAAAAACAGAAAGAAAGAAAAGAAAUAAUAAAAGGAUACUUAAAAAUGGAUGCAGCUUUUCACAAGACAACAAAAAAAGAGUCUGCAUGGCAGGAGACAAUGUAUAUUGAAGAGCCACCUAACAAAGGUGGUGUUUUGUCUUGUAUAUUUUCUCUAAAAGAAGAAGUCGGUGCCCUGGCUAAAGCUCUUCGCUUGUUUGAGGAAAAUGGCAUCAAUCUUACACAUAUUGAGUCCCGGCCAUCUCGCCUUAAUAAGGGAGAGUAUGAGUUCUUUGUUAAUGUAGAUGCCACCUGCUCAAAAAGUCUGGAUGAAGUAAUCGACCAUUUAAGAGCUCAGAUCAGUGGACACAUUAUUGAAUUAUCUCGUAACAAGAUAAAGGAUACAGUUCCCUGGUUUCCAAGGGAUAUUCAGGACCUAGAUAGAUUUGCCAACCAGAUCUUAAGCUAUGGAUCAGAAUUAGAUGCAGAUCAUCCAGGAUUUACAGAUCCUGUGUAUCGCACCCGUAGAAAGGAAUUUGCUGACAUUGCUUACAACUAUAAAUAUGGUCAACCCAUUCCCAGAGUGGAAUACACUGAAGAAGAGAAAAAAACUUGGCGCACAGUUUUUCAGAAGCUUAAGUCUCUUUACCCGACUCAUGCUUGUAAAGAGCACAACCAAGUCUUCCCUCUCUUGGAGAAGUACUGCGGCUACAAGGAAGAUAAUAUUCCUCAGCUAGAAGAUAUCUCCAAAUUUUUACAAUCCUGUACAGGUUUCAGCCUUCGCCCUGUAGCUGGACUUCUCUCUUCACGUGAUUUUCUGGCUGGUCUGGCAUUUCGGGUCUUCCAUUCUACGCAGUAUAUCCGCCAUUCAUCAAAGCCAAUGUAUACACCUGAGCCUGAUAUUUGUCAUGAGGUCUUAGGCCAUGUUCCUUUGUUUGCUGAUCCAAGUUUUGCUCAGUUUUCACAGGAAAUUGGCUUGGCAUCCCUAGGCGCCCCUGAUGAAUAUAUUGAGAAGCUUGCAACAGUGUACUGGUUUACUGUGGAGUUUGGUCUAUGUAAACAGGAUUCUGAAAUCAAGGCUUAUGGAGCUGGACUUCUGUCAUCUUUUGGAGAACUUCAUUACUGUUUGACAGACAAACCAGAAGUUCAUCCAUUUGAUCCUGAAAAGACAGCUGUUCAGAAAUAUCCUAUUACCGAGUUUCAGCCUGUGUAUUUUGUGGCAGAAAGCUUUGAUAAUGCAAAAGAAAAAGUCAGGAAAUUUGCUGCAACCAUUCCCAAACCUUUCUCAUUACGUUACAAUCCUUACACUCGGAGUGUUGAGGUUCUGGACAACAUCCAGCAGCUGCAGAAUCUAGCUGAUAACAUUAAUGGAGAGCUUGCAACUCUGUGCAAUGCAUUAAAGAAGAUGGUGUAAGCAAGAAACUGAGUGAUAGUCCUUUGUUUUGCAGUGAAAUGUGAACAUGGAAUUUUACUUACGUCCACACUGCUGUUAAAGUGCAUGAACUAGCUAUUAUUGUAGGCAUAAUGAAUGCAUUUCCAGUGAUUUCAAAAUUGUUUUCUUUUCUCAAAAAUCUCUUUAAUAAUUAUAUAUAAGUAUAUUUAUAUCCUAAAUAGUAAUGAUACACCAAAUGAUAUUGUGGAUUUUAAACCAGUAAACCACAGGACGUACUGUAUACUAUAGUAUUUAAACCAAUUAUUUUAUUUUUAAUCAUUUUGUAUUGAAUAUUAUUCUCAAAAUGAUUUACAUUCACUGUGGUUUAGCUCAAUUGUUUACAUGUGUUUUUCAACUUAUAAUUUUAAUAACUUGUGUAGGGUUGCACACUAAGAGAAAGGUGGGGACUGAGCUGUCAAUUUUGUGGCUUAAAACUCAUUGCCUUAUACACUAAGUCUCACAGGCCUGCCAGGAUUCAGGAGCACAGUAUCUCACUGAGUAAAGCUACAGUAUAUUUAAACCAGUGAAAGGUGCCACACUUCUCUAUAGUGCAUAGCAUCGUAAUAUUAAUCAAAAGGCUACUUAUCAAAUGUAAAAUAACCCUACAAUAUACGAAAAUAUGAAAAAUGUAACAGUAUCUUAUUUUGUGUACUUAAGUGUACUUUAUUUUAGAACUUCUGUUGUAUUUAGUUGUCACAUACUAGAUUAGCAAAAAAAUAAUUGUUUUGUCCACCCAACAACAAUAUUUUAAUCAUUGCAUUUAGUUUUAGAAAACCCAUAUUUCUUUAGAUUGAAUAUAAUUUAGGUAUAGGUAAUUUAAAAUAUUUUGUAUCAAGCAUUAUAAAACAUACAGUAUAUCUCCAAUUAUAAAUAACAAAACAUUUAAAACAAUAAAUUUACUAUGUAAAGUAUAUGAAUAAAUUGCAUACUCCUGUU